GUUGAAGAGCUGACGUCAUGGCCUGUGCUAGGAGGGAAGAGGACUGGGCACGGGGCAUGAGCAAGUGGGACUGAGUUAGUAACAUCGAGGAACAACUUAACAACAUCAAAAUGAGUGUCAACACUGUGAGGUUUGCUGUGGGUGUACUUGGUGUCUUUGGAUGGUCUCUGACAAUCUCCUCAGCCACCCAAGUGGGUCUGAGCGACAAAGUCCUGGUGUUUCCAUAUGAGACAGACUUUAGCUUUGUGGCCAUGAUCCCGCAGAAGGAGAUGGGGCUGAGGGCCUUCACUCUCUGCAUGCGUGUGGCCACUGAGCUGCCGGAAGAACGUCAGAUCAUCCUGUUCGCCUACCGCACUGCCGACUAUGACGAGCUCAACGUGUGGCGUGAGCAGGACGGACGCAUCUCCUUUUAUAUGAGCGGUGACGGCACCUUCUUCCACCUGCCGCCCCUUACCACCUUCCGCACCAGCCUCUGCCUGACCUGGGAGUCUCGCACAGGCCUCACUGCUUUCUGGGUCGAGGGGAAACGCAGCACCUACCAGGUCUACAAACCUGGGCACAGCAUCCGUCCAAAAGGCACCGUCCUCCUGGGCCAGGACCCAGACAAACACCUGGGAGGUUUAGAGGCCGUGCAGAGCUUUGUAGGGGAGAUAACAGAUCUGAAUAUGUGGGACUUUGUGCUCUCCAGGAGCAUGAUCCAGGCCUGGCACUAUGGGCACAAGGUCCCCAAGGGCAACAUCUUUGACUGGGGCAAUAUGGAGUAUGAGCUGAACGGUAAUGUGAUGGUGGUGGAUGAUGACUGACUCGAUGUGGAGUCGAAUGCAGAGAGGGAUUUAGAGGUCUGUGUUGGACUCAUACUGAUAUGUGUAAUUUUCUUUCUUAGAUUCAGUGUUCCUUUAUGUUAGGGCUCUUCAACUUUUCUUCCAUAAAGUCCACACGUCUCUGUUUCAGUUUUGCAGGAAGAACCUCUUGAUGAUAGGUAAAGAAAAUAGAAAGGAAGAAUAUGCUCCUAUUUGUAACCUGUAACUAUCUUCAGCAGCAAAAGGCACCGGCAACAAAAGCCAAUACUUGGUGGUACACAGAAGUCAGUUGUUUUGCAUCAGUAAUCAGUAAGUUUAGGAUCAAUAUCAUUCUACUAAUGUUUGUGUUUUUUGUAUCUCAAAGCUUCAUCUUUUUAUAAAACAAACUGGUAAAUAUCAAGCACAAAAUGUUGAUGUGCCAGAUGUAUCCAUAGGGUGGCACUCUGUACUAGUUCAUAUCUAACAGAAACUCUGUCAAGUGAAACAUUGUCAUGCAUCCUCUAAUGUGAUUUGGCAUAGUUGUGAACUGAGGUUAUAAACGAGGCCACCAAAAAUUGAUUAAAUGUUGCUGCUAUAAGAGCAAAUUUCAACAAAUAAUAUGCAUUGAAAUGAUCAACUGCUAUGUAACUAUAACUUAAAAAUGUACAGGUAAAAAUGUAUUUAAAAAAAUCUUUUUGUCUGAUUUGAACAUAUUGUAACAACUAUAUAUAUACAUAUACAUAUACAUGUACAUAUAUAUAUAUAUGUACACACACACACAUAUAUAUAAUUAAACCUGCUAUAAUGCAUGCAAUUAGUACACAUUUGCUUUGUCCAAUGCUAUUAAUGAUGAGGAUGUAAAGGGGAUAAUAAAACAGCAAACUGGGAGAUACAUUAAUUCUACUGUAGACUUAAUGAUUUAACUGCACUCAGAGACAAAUAACAAUUAUCAUGUUUAAUAUCCAUCGCCAUAAUGUUGCCUUCGGUUAGCGUACUCACUCAUGAAUUUUCCAUGUUUCGACUGAUGUAAGAACGCUUUUGGGUCUGAAAUAAAAUCUUUCCAUGUGCAUAACUAAUAAUGUUUGUAAUUAAAGAGAAUAUUUCGUCUUUGAA